CUGUAGUUUGGAGUCACCAAGACUCAGAACUGAAUAUAGCAGCGCACGUACAUCGCUCUGAAAACAAUUUUUAAAAUCUCCAUUCCACAAUUUCAUGACUUGUACAUUUGUGUAAAUAGACAACUUCUAUUUUUUAUAACGAGACAACAGCGACAUGGAACUUAAUUCUCUUUUAAUUCUGCUGGAGGCUGCAGAGUACUUGGAAAGAAGAGACAGAGAGGCAGAGCACGGUUAUGCGUCUGUUUUACCGUACAGUAGCGACUUCUCCAGAAAGAAAACGAAAGCCUCGCCAAUUUCCAGAAAAACUCAGAACAAUAGAUCAUCGCACAACGAGCUGGAGAAACACAGACGUGCCAAACUACGGCUGUACUUGGAGCAGUUGAAGAAGCUGGUGCCUUUGGGUCCAGACAGCACAAGACACACCACACUGAGCUUGCUGAAAAGGGCCAAGAUGCACAUCAAGAAGCUGGAGGAGCAGGACAGGAAGGCUUUAAACACGAAGGAGCAACUGCAGAGAGAGCACCGCUACCUCAAACGCCGCCUGGAGCAGCUUUCUGUGUCCGGAUCCGUUGAGCGCAUCCGCACUGACAGCAUGGGCUCCACCAUCUCCACCGACUCUGAGCAAGAGGUGGACAUCGAGGGCAUGGAGUUCACCCCUGGCGAGGCGGACAGCGUGGACAGCAUCAGCGACGGCGAGGAGGAGGACCACUACAGCCUCCAGAGCAGCUCCAGCGACACCAGCUACACAGCCACACAUUCCCACAGACUGCAGCCGCACCACUGUUAAAGACACCGCGCGGCCAUCCAUCUCCCCACCAGCUUCCUCGCCCAUGCUUCCCUCGCCCUCACCUGUACCUUCCCCCGAACCAUUCGCAAUCACCAGUGCCGCCCACUACCUACAUCAGACCGGUCCACAGCGGCAGUGAACCUGUUUCUGCUUUCCUGGCCCUGGCUCUCCAGGAAGCACAUGGGGCUGAAAUGCCACUCAAGCCUUCCUGACACCCCCCCCCCCCCCCCCCCCCCCCCCCCCCCCCCCCCCCCCCCCCCCCCCCCCCCCCCCCCCCCCCCCCCCCCCCCCCCCCCCCCCCCCCNCCCCCCCCCCCCCCCCCCCCCCCCCCCCCCCCCCCCCCCCCAUUGACCCCUGACCCUACCUCACCCUACUGUAACCUGCCUGAACCUGCCCCUCCUCACACGCCCUGCCCUCCCACUGCCCUCACAACCCCUCUACCUAGUGUUGCCGCAGACUAGAGAGCAGAGCAGAGUUUGUGGUUUAAAUGGGGACUUCUGUGGUGUGGUGGACAGCUUUGACUCGUUAAUCAGAAUUUCAGAAAGUGCGCUUGUGUGUGUGUGUGCGUAAAAGAGAGAAAGAACAAGCGAGGGAGUUUAAGAGAGGUCAAAAACUAAAUAUAAGCUUCAUGUUAUUUCUGUGAGGCAGCAUCACAUGGACGAAGACGUCUGUGAUGUAAAAGGCAAAGUACAUCUGUUUGUUAUGCAAUAUUUGCAUCACUGAAUUACAUCACACAGAUUCUCCCUUUUACACAAUAAGAUUUACAGGAGUAGCUUCUGCAGAAGUCCUGCACUUUCCUUGAAAACGUUUGCUGAAAAAUGGACAAAGAUAAAAGGAAUAGUUUGACAUUUUGGGGAAUAUAAUUAUUCAUGUUUGUGCUGAGCUGUCUCCCCCCCAAUUCCCAGUCUUUAUGCUAAGCUAAGCUAACUGAUUGCUAGCUUUUCCCCCCAAAAUGUCAAAUUACUCUUUUAAUUUUUCAGCUGUUUAGGAUCUGCAGCAGACUGCGUGCCCUAAAACAGGCAUUUCUUGGACCUGCUUCUGCACACAAAGUCACAUCUUCACUCCCAGAUUUGGCAGACGUCUGUCUAAACACAAACUGAAAAAGUCACAGAGCUGUAGCAGAGAAGAAAGAAUGUAUAUAGAUGUACAGUUACUGUCCAAACCCUCAUGUCUCCCUCUGGUUGGGUUGCCUAACCACUACUCCACACUACUGACCACUACACUAUACCACCCUAUGGUGUGGAUGGACUACUAUGUCAAUCAAAAAAAAAAAAAAAGGAGUUGCUUCAUAACUAAAAACUCUAUUCCUUAAACCAUUCAAAUCUUGUGAUUCCUUCUCAGUAGCGAAUUGAUGUAGCAAUAAAUACGAGAGGCGGGUGCUUCCUCUGAGUGUUUAAAUAAUUCUGGUGGACCAUGAGGUGUUACGGGAGACUUUUUUUUCUUUACCCUUUUUUUUUACCCUGUAGACGGCCAGUGGGUGCUUACAGAGAGCGGACCUGCAGAAAAAGGGGAAGUUCACCCCUUUUUCGUUUUUACUAAUAGAUCCUUAUCUUUGCCCACAGUGCCAUUUACUCAGAAUUCGUGUUUCUCUACAGCUUUGUCACUUUUUCAAGGAGCGUUCACGUGUGUCAGGAUGUUCUGAUUAACAAGUCAAACCUGUGAAUGGAGAAAAAAUGUUUAAAAGGAAAAAAAAAGAGGGCCAGCUCUAAUGAUUUGUUCUCUGUAGAGGCAUUCAUUGUAACUAACUUACCAAACUAUUAACAUCCAGUUGGACUAAUAAUCUUAAUUUCCUAUCUGCUAUCUGUUACCUACUUCCGGAGCUUCUGGGCACUGCUGAAGACCAACGUAGACAACGUUUCUUCUUCUCUAACUUGUCUGUAACUUAUGCACAAUAGUCACUAUCGACGGAGGAGGCGCUUCUGUCGCUCUCUGACCAUUUAAUAAUCAUUAGGCCUCAGUCUCUGGCAGUCUUUAGAGCUUGGCUUCCGAACACUUUAAAAAAAGACAAAAUAAGGGCCGGCCCACCAUGACAGGUCUGACCUGAAAACAAAAAAAAAUCAAAAACCUACAAAAAGACUCAAAAGAAAACAAAAAAGUCGCAUACAAAAGAAGCUACGUGUCACUGAGAGUGAUAUUAGCCAGUGUAGUCUAUAUUUCUUGUAUUAAAUUUUGUAUUAUAUUUUCCUAAAUGUUCUCUUGUAAUGAAAAGACAAAAAAGAGUGAGUAUAUCUAUCUAUAUAUAAAUAUAUAUAUAAAUAUAUGAGAGACAGACAGACAUGAGGUCAGGCUUGUUGAAGGGAGAGUGGGGGCAGGGGAGCUGAUACACUGGCCCCUCUCCCUUGGGUGACUCUCCUGCUGUCAUUCUGUGCCUUGGUGAGCCUUCGACCUCCCUCCUCUUCCUCCUCCUCCCCGCUCCUUCCUCGCCCUCGGUCCCUACUCAGGUCACACCCCUCUCCUCUCCUCCUCUUAAUCUCAUCCUCCCUCUGGCGGGGCUGAAAGCUUUGAUUUCAACCCUUACCAUGCCAAAACACUUCCAUGAGCAAGGGGCACUUGAAGACAAGACCUCAUUAUGAAUAAAAAAAAAAAGAAAAAAAGAAGCCCCUUUAGUCUCUACUGAGCAGCCGCUGUUGUUGUGCACCCUGUCCAGGCACUCCCCACCCUCUACGAUGCCCGCUCAUCUGCCAGUGCCGCCUCUGUCACAGAAAAAUAAAAACAAAACACACUGGUAAACUCCCAUGGCAGCUUCCAGUCGCCCCGAAUGGUCACCAACGGGGUUCAAAACUUCUGGGCUUGAAGCGUGUUUCUUCUUUUUUUUGUCAUUUUACUAUUAUUGUAUGUUGACUAUGUGUUUGUUCAGUGGGAGUCACUGGGAGAGGAGCGAUAAAAGAAUAAUCCAAUCGAUGGCAGCUUAAAAAGGUGUAAUCCUCCACGCUCCCAGUGGUCCGUCCCAAAGAAAAAAAAAAAAAAAAAAAGUGUUACCCAUUGAUCAGGGGACCUCUUGAGACACAGCAAUAUUACCAUCGUGUGCUUUCUGAGGGAGGGUGGGCGGGCAGGGUUUCUAAAGACAAGCAGGUGGUUUUGCUUUUGACUCUGUGGUGCAUUUUUUUUUUUUGGUGGUGACCAACUCUAUAUUUUAUUUUGAUGAAUUUUACCUCCUAUCUGCACUCUCUCCAUACACUGCAGGAGGGCAAAAAAAGUUUUUUUUUUUCUAUUUGUCAUUGAGAGUUUACAUUAAUGUCAAAGGAUUUGUACAUGACUGUAUCAGAAAUGUCCUUUUGCAGUUUGUUGGUCAAACGAACAAUUAAGCGAAAACCAUAUUGAUGGCAUAAAGUUCUUCUCUUGCACAGAACCUCCCGGCGGGGAACAGCGACAGAGUGAAUGGGAUGAGGGCCAGAUAUGAGAUUAUAAUCAUUCAGUGGCAUCAUUGAAAAAUGUACAUAGCACACGCUCAGAGCGAGAGUGGCUUUGAGCGGCUGACUGGACGCGGUAACAUUUAGUUUGGAUGUGGGACGGGAUAGUGUUUAUGGAAAUUCUUUUAAUGAUGUGCCUUGGAAAAAGUACUUUCUUUUAAGAAAAGAAAAAGAAAAAAAGCAGAGAUUGUACUCGUUGAAACUGUUAAAUCAAUCACAGUUGCUCUUAUUUUUAAACCCCCCUUCUUUCUUCAAUUGCAAAAAGGUAAACAUUUAUGUCAAGAAUCUGAAGGGGCUCUUCAUUGAACUCCCAGUGAGAUCAAAGCGUAAUUUAAGAGUCGUCAGAGCGAGCACAGACAAGGUUUGAUAGUUGCUUUUAUGUUGCUGUUGCACAGAGAUUUACUUCAGCAUGUGUUGGGUUUUCUAAGAGCACAAAAGCACCAUGUGAUGUUUGGGGAAGUCGGCAGGCUGAGAAAAGGAGAGUGGUGGGAUGAAAUCAGGGUAAAGUCCGCGCGCAGACGACACCAUCCUGUACCUGAACCUGCUGCGUAAUGGUGCUUCUAUAAAUCGACACAAUGACUUCCAUGAAAUAUUAAGCCUGCCAAAUACAUAGUCACUUUUAAACCUUCCAUGCUGAAUGAUUAGUUCCUUUAUGUAGUUCCAGAUGAAUAGCUUUAACUUCCUGUAGGCUUUAGGUCAGCAUCCCGCCUUCCGGUGACCCCCCCCCGCCCCGCCUGUAUGUCUUUUCUCCUUAUUUUGCAUCUUUACGUACUGGGUGACACCUCUGAGUCAAACGGGUGUCACCCCAGCAUUAUCUUUUGUACCCACGUGAACCUUGAGGCUGUAGAGGAGAACGAGCUGGCUGGGAUUUAUAGCUUGAGAGGAGGAUGGUGGGGAGUUUGUCUGGGCUGACAUACUGUGCAGAUUAGGGAGAGUUCUGUGCCAGAGACCUGUGAAUAUGUUCCUUUUUAGCGGAUGUGUAAUAUGCAUCCAGAAGAUGUUAUAUAAGUUCCUUUUUUUUUUGUGUGUGUGCGAGCGUGUGUACACGACUACCUGGUGCUGGCUACAUUUUAGCAAACACUUGAAGGUAUUGUGUAUUCUCUCAUUGUAAUAUAAUUAAAAUGUUUUAUACAAAAAAA